CCGAAGCGUAGGGUGGCCUGGGCGGAACUCCCGGCAGCGCAGGCGGCGGUGGGCUGCGCGGCUCCGGGGCUUCCUAGAGGUAGGAGAACUUGGCUGUGAGGGCGCUCUGUGGUCCGGGAGUCGGUGACACCUGUUGUGGGAAGCCAGUGGAUACGCCUGGGAUGGUGGAGACCAGAGAUCUGGCACAGCUACGGCAGCUCAACCUGGAGCUCCUGAGGCAGCUGUGGGUCGGACAGGAUGCUGUGCGGCGGUCCGUGGCCAAGGCAGCCUCAGAGUCAAGCCUGGACUCCAGCAGCAGCUACAACUCAGAGAUGCCGUCAUCCCAAGAGACGUCCUCAGUGGCCUCAAGAGCCUCCUGCCCACAGGAUGCCCACCGAGGUGACCCCUGUGAUAGGGACGGGGCCAGCUCCGGGGUGGUCUCUCUCCCACCUGCCAGGUGCCUCCACCAGGAGCCCCCGGGCCCACUGAGGCCCUGCUCGGCUCCCCUGCUGGCCACCUCAGACUCGAGCGACCCAGAGCCUUCAGCAGAGCUGGACAGUCUAGACACCCAGGAGGCACAGGCCCUGAAGUCCCUCCUGGCUCAACGGAGCAAGCUGUCCGAGGUAAUGCGGCCGCGAGUGACCAACAAGGAGUCUCCAGUGCCUGAGAAGAGCUGGCGCCUCAGACCGUGCCUGGGCUGCGACUGGAUUGCAGGGUCUCCGGACAACAGCUCUCCCGUCACCAGCAAGCCCGAGGCCUUCUUCUCGAAGCUGCAGAAGUUCCGGGAAGCCAACAAGGAGGAGUGUAUUUGCAAUGACCCUGAAUCCCAGUUCCUAGGCCUGCAGGAGAGUAGUGCUGCGGAGGGGGACCACGAAUGUGUGUAUUGUUACUGUGUCAACCGGCGCCUGUUUCUGGUGCCUUCGGAUCCCGGCACCCCCUGCUGCCUGUGCCGGACACCACGGGGCCAGCGGGGUCCAGAGACCCUGGCAGAGCCAGCGCAGGUCAGGGUGAGGAUCCCGCUGUCUGUCCUGGACCCCCCGCACCGGUACCGCAUCCACCGGCGGAAGAGCUUCGACGCCUCCGACACGCUGGCGCUGCCCCGGCACUGCCUGCUGGGCUGGGACAUUCUUCCUCCGAAGUCUGAGAAAAGCUCAGCCCCCAAGAGCCUGGACCUCUGGUCCAGUGUCUCUUCUGAGGCCCAGCGUCGGAAGCUGUCAGCCACCAGCCCUUCUCACCGGGCCGUGCCAACGUGGGUCCCAGCCCCACCCUGAUCUGGUCAGAACCCUCCAUGCCCCAGCCCCAUGCCGCCCGGCCGAAGCCCUGAGGACUGGCCACUGGGAGGUGGACAGUGCCCCUACCGUCGUUUCAGCCUCUCUCCUCCGGCAGGGGCGCCCACGAGAGGGGAGCUUUGCCCAGCCUCAGCUGGAGGUGGACUCUGGCCCCACCUUCCUAGGCUGGGCCGGUGGGUGGCCUCAGGCCUGUCUCCUUCCUGGGGACAGAGGAGACCCUGGGGUUGGGCCGAGGGGCUUCUGUGACACGUUUGUAAAUAAAGCUUAGCACUCCCGCA